AUGGCGUACACAAAUUCAGUGAAAGUAGUUGAAGCUUGCAGGGUGGCUCCUCAUCCAACCUCGCCAGAUUCAACCGCCUCGCCGACCUCCCUUUCUCUUACCUUCUUUGACAUACGUUGGUUAAGGUUCCAACCGGUCCAGCGCCUUUACUUCUACCAAAUUUGUACUUCCUUUGAUACCAAACUUCUCUUCUCCAAACUCAAAAUCUCACUCUCUAUAACCCUACAACACUUUCUACCUCUGGCAGGAAACCUCACUUGGCCGCAAGAAUCCCCCAAACCGACCCUUAAUUAUGUUGAAGGCGAUGCAGUUUCACUCACAAUAGCAGAGACUGAUGCUGAUUUCUACCGUCUUUCGAGCGACGAUGACUUUCUUGAAGCCCAAGAAUACCAUCCUCUUGUUCCCCAACUGCCAGUUUCUCAUGAAAAAGCCGCGAUCAUGGGAUUGCAAGUCACCAUCUUUUCAAACAAGGGCUUUUCCAUUGGAACAACCAUGCACCAUGCAGUUCUCGACGGCAAAACUUCAACCACGUUUGUAAAAUCAUGGGCUCACGUAUGCAAACAUAUCGGAGAAGGAGAGGGACUAGUACAUCUGUCCUCAUCUGUUUUGUUACCGGAUGAGCUGACACAAUUUUAUGACAGAAGGGUUAUUCCUGACCCAGCUGAGCUCGGAACUGUCUUUGCAAACCAGUAUCUAAACUUGGGCGGUCCCAAUAACAGAAGCUUAAAGAUUUGGGAAACUAAGGUGCCGCCAGGCUUGAUCCGAGGCACCUUCAAAUUCACACAAAAAGAUAUCGAAUCGCUGAGGCAACUGAUGAGGACCAAUGCUAGAGAGAAGAAACAAGAAGAUGUUCAUGUGUCAACUUUCACUCUAGCAUGUGCCUAUACAUGGGUUUGCAUUGUCAAGGCCGAGGAAAUAAAAGGUGAGACAACGCGUAUGGUCUUUAUGGCCGACUGCAGGCCUCGCCUAGACCCUCCUCUACCCACAAAUUACUUCGGGAACUGCACAGCGGGAUGUGUACCAGUUGUAGAAACAAAAGGGCUUUUUGGAGAAGACGGGCUGGUUGUGGCGGUAUAUGCAAUCCGUGAAGCUAUAAGAAAGUUGGAGAAGGGGGUUUUGGAUGGAGCGGAAAAUUGGGUUUCGAGAGUGGUUACUGUGACUUCUGGGAGAAUGCGAAGUGUUGCCGGCUCACAUCGGUUUAGGGUUUAUGAUACCGACUUUGGAUGGGGAAGACCAAAGAAGGUUGACAUUGUUUCCAUUGAUAGAAACAAAGCUAUCUCCUUUUCAGACCCCAAGAGUGAGGCUGGGGUUGUUGAUGCUGGAUUGGUUUUGGAAAAACAUCAUAUGGAGGUUUUUGCUUCUCUGUUUUAUAAAGGUCUUAAAAGAAAUAUUUAUUAACAACUUGUAACUCAAAUAAUUAAGAAUAUUUAUUUCUAGAGAUCUCAGAUUUGUUCUCCAUACCCAGUAUUGCCGAUAUCCAAAACCAAAUUA